CCAGCAGUGUCACCUGUCAGUGUCCAUCAGUGCCAGCUCUCAGUGCUCAUCCAUGCCACCUGCCAGUGCCCAUCAGUGCCACCCAUCAGUGCAAGUCAGUGCCACCUAUCAAUGCCAAUCAGUGCCGCCUAUCAGUGCCAGACAGUGCCGCCUAUCAGUGUGCAUCAGUGCCCAUCAGUGAUGCCUGUCAAUGCCCAUCAGUGCCACCUACCAGUGCCUCCUCAUAAGUGCCACCUAUCAGUGUCCAUCAGUGCUGCCUAUCUGUGCCACCUAACAGUG